GGCAAUCGAAAGAGAACGUGUUUAGUCUUCAUUAUGGCUUUGCAAAUCAUAUUACUGACUUUGACAAGUGCAGCAAUGAUUGUGCUGGGUGAGGAGUAUUCAGUCACUAAGUCACCAGUGCUUACAAGCAAGAUAAAAGAACAAGCACAGGAAUUAAUUGAAGAUAAUCCUUGUAGCAAAGAAUAUCUAAAUUAUUGUCUUAAUGGGCAUUGUGUGUUUCAUGCCGAUCUCACCACUCCUCUGUGCAGGUGUGACUCUGGUUUUACAGGAGAAAGGUGCGAACACAUGACUCUAUCAACAUACUCACCAGAUGAAGAAGCUGUAUAUAUUGCGAUUGGAAUAGGUGUUGGGUUGCUGAUUAGUGGAGUAAUUGUCUUUAUUUGGUAUUACUGGAAAAAGAGAUGCAAAAAAACAGACUAUGAAACCUGCAAGAAAACAGAAGAAAUAUAAACAUUGGAUUUAUUUAUUAUUUCUUGCAAAAAUCCAGCAAGAACAAUUGUUAGAAGAUUAUUGGCCAUGACAUGGUGCUCUUCACGGUGCUGGAGUAAUGGGACAUUGCACAGAUUGUUUUGUAAUUCUUUUUAUAUGUUGAUAUUAUGGACAGUGUUCCAAUACUUCUUCGUUGCAUUCAAAUCAGAGAUGAAGGAAUCUGAGCAGAUUUAUUUCGCCUGUAAGCUCAUGAAAUCCAAGAGAUGGCAAAUGUUUUGUCAAUUCCUUUGAAAGCCAGAAGAAGCAGGAGGUUCAAUCCACUCACAUCUGCUUCCCUUGGCUGUCAUUUCUAUGGCCAGUGCUUGUGCUGAGCAGGAGCAUUUUACUGCUAGGCACAAGCAUUUCUGUAUUUCUGUCCGCAAUGCCAGGCUUUGUGGACAGGAAUGACAGGCAGUGAAAGCAGGAGAUGCAAUCUUAAUAGCAGCUCCUGCUUGGGAUUCAAAGGCAAAUAUAAUAUGUGUGUGUGUGUGUAAAAGAAUAAGCUAGCAAUACGCUCUUUCUUAUAAGGGUGACUUCUCAAUUUCUUUUAUGUUGACUGUAAACUGUGACAGUAAAGGAUUUUAAGGAACCUUUUAUGCCUUUUUGGCAUAUACACUUGACCUACUAACUACUAUUCUGAUUGUCAUAAGACAUUGAUAUAUUUAUUUUUAUAAACAUUAAACAUUUAUACAUGAUUAAGAUGCUUAAA